UACGCAAACCCUAGAGCUCCACUCUAUAAAUACCUUGCGAUUUUGCAUCUCUAGGUUAAGCUCUCGUUUCUUCGCCGCAGUUUUGUCAGAUUAUUCUUCGUUGUUCCUUUUUUACCAUCAGCCAUGGGUAAAGAGAAGGUUCACAUCAACAUUGUGGUUAUUGGCCACGUCGACUCUGGAAAGUCGACUACCACUGGCCACUUGAUAUACAAGUUGGGUGGUAUUGACAAGCGUGUCAUCGAGAGGUUCGAGAAGGAAGCGGCUGAGAUGAACAAGAGGUCCUUCAAGUAUGCCUGGGUGUUGGACAAGCUUAAGGCUGAGCGUGAGCGUGGUAUUACCAUCGAUAUUGCCCUCUGGAAGUUCGAGACCACCAAGUACUACUGCACUGUCAUUGAUGCUCCUGGUCACCGUGACUUUAUCAAGAACAUGAUCACGGGUACCUCCCAGGCCGACUGUGCUGUCCUGAUCAUCGACUCCACCACCGGUGGUUUCGAGGCUGGUAUCUCCAAGGAUGGUCAGACCCGUGAGCACGCCUUACUUGCUUUCACCCUUGGUGUCAAGCAAAUGAUUUGCUGCUGUAACAAGAUGGAUGCCACCACCCCCAAGUACUCCAAGGCCAGGUAUGAUGAAAUUGUCAAGGAAGUGUCUUCCUACCUGAAGAAGGUUGGUUACAAUCCCGACAAGAUCCCAUUCGUGCCCAUCUCUGGUUUCGAGGGUGACAACAUGAUCGAGAGGUCCACCAACCUCGACUGGUACAAGGGACCAACCCUCCUCGAGGCACUUGACCAGAUCAACGAGCCCAAGAGGCCAUCAGACAAACCCCUCCGUCUCCCUCUUCAGGAUGUCUACAAGAUCGGCGGUAUUGGAACUGUGCCAGUCGGACGUGUAGAGACCGGUGUCCUCAAACCUGGAAUGGUUGUCACCUUCGCUCCAUCUGGAUUGACCACUGAAGUCAAAUCUGUCGAGAUGCACCACGAGGCUCUUCAAGAGGCUCUCCCCGGUGACAAUGUUGGGUUCAACGUCAAGAACGUCGCUGUCAAAGAUCUCAAGCGUGGAUACGUUGCCUCCAACUCAAAGGAUGACCCAGCCAAGGAAGCUGCCAGUUUCACAUCACAGGUCAUCAUAAUGAACCAUCCAGGUCAGAUCGGAAACGGAUACGCUCCGGUCCUCGACUGCCACACUUCCCACAUUGCCGUUAAAUUUGCUGAGCUGUUGACGAAGAUUGACCGACGGUCGGGUAAGGAGCUGGAGAAGGAACCCAAGUUCUUGAAGAACGGGGACGCUGGAAUGGUGAAGAUGAUUCCGACCAAGCCAAUGGUGGUGGAGACAUUCUCUGAGUACCCACCGCUUGGCCGUUUCGCCGUGAGGGACAUGAGACAGACGGUGGCGGUCGGAGUGAUCAAGAGUGUGGAGAAGAAGGACCCGACCGGUGCUAAGGUCACAAAGGCUGCAGCCAAGAAGGGUGCCAAGUGAGAACUCUCUUCAUCAUUGGUUUGAAACUUUGUGUUGGUUUGGUUGAGUCUUUAUCUCUCCGGCUUUUUUGUUUUUGUUAUUUCCAGUCUUGUGCUCUGGUUCUAAUGCCUGGACUUUCGGACAACUUUUUGCAUCUAUUUCGUUAUUUCGUUUGACGUUUAUUUCUCUACCAAAAUUAACUUGUGGGUAACCUGGGUAUUUGAUUUGUUGUGUUACUGUGUUCA